AGCAAGGGGAAAGCGUUUCGGUCGCGCCACUCAAAAGUUCUAGUACACCACCUUUUCCUUCCUCCGUGUAGUACACUCUAUCCUAGAGGAGGCGGUGGUACUACCCAUCAUUCCCAUGGUCGCUGGACGAUCUCAGCGCCAGAGUGCCCUCUAGUUAAUUUUGAGAAACUCUAUGCAUCCGCCGGCGUGAUGGCGGCGCCCGCGGAGACGGACGAAAGAACGCAGAUUGAUUCUUCGUUGACGGGCGAACCGAGGCUGUCAGAAGAUGUGGGCGACAUACCAAAGGAUUUUGAACCUGGUGCGUCCAAAGAUCCCAUCAUAUUGUCAGUGGACUGUUCGUCCGACUUCCAAGGGGACGGCGGGAUGUCCAAGAGCACCAUCGAUGAGAUCGAAAGGUCCGCCUCCGAUGUGCCUCAGGACUCCCCUUCUCUAUCUUCGGACACUCCCAUCAGAGCGGUGGAUGGGAAUGAAGGUGCCGACUUGUGUCCUCCCGAGUUGAGUGCCCUGGUUGAGGACUGUGACAACUAUGCUUGGCAGCAGCAAGAGAAGCACGUGUUUGUGCUCAGCGAUGCAGGGAAGCCCAUCUAUUGUCGACACGGCAGCGAGGAGCAGCUUGCCGCUCUUGCGGGUGUCAUGCAGGCCCUCGUUUCGUGCAUCAGCCUUACUGGAGACCAGGUGCGGUACGUGCGAGCAGGGCGCCUGCGGCUGGCAUUCCUGCUACGGCUGCCACUAAUCCUGGUGGCGGCCACCAGCCUGCCUAUCUCUCUGCAGCAGUUGCAGGGCCAGCUGGUCUACGUCCACGCUCAGAUCCUGUCGGUGGUGACAGCCAGCCAGCUGGAGCGGGUAUUCAGUCAGCGGUGCAAUUUCGACUUGCGGCGGCUCCUGGCUGGAUCCGAGCGCUUUCUCGACUCCCUGUGUGACCUGAUGGACUGUGACCCGAGCUUCCUGCUGGGCGCAGUCCGCUGUCUACCCCUGGCACCAGCCCUGCGGGACCAGAUCACUCAGGCCAUGCUCAAGCACUGUGCCAAACACAAGAAGCUGGUGUUUGGCCUGCUGGUGGCAGAGCAACAGCUGGUGGCCCUGGUGGGCAUGCGCAAAUACCAGCUGCACCACAUGGACCUUCAUCUGUUGCUCAACCUGGUGCAUGCCUCGGAGUCAUUCAAGACGGCAGAGGCCUGGACGCCCGUCUGUCUGCCCAAGUUUGACCCCAGUGGUUUCCUGCAUGGCCACGUGUCGUACCUGGCCGAAGGCAGCCCUGCGUGUCUGCUGCUUCUCACUGUGGACCGUGACCUUUUCUUUCCCCUGCAGGAGUGUCGACGAAAGAUUGCCGAGAGCCUUCAGCGCAAGGGCUCCCUGGAGGCGCUGCAGGAGGCGACCGUCAGUGGUGGGUACAGUGUGCGUGAGGCUGGCGUGCCUGAGCUCUAUCACUUCCUCUACAAGAGCAAGAGCGGCGCACAGCUGAGCAGCCCCCGGCUGGAGGCCCCCUACUCCCAGCAGCCCCAGCAGCUGCUGGCCCUGUACCGGCUGCUGCACCACCGCAUGUACCAGCCGGCCUGCCCGCUCAAGAUACUCUUCUGCUCCACGGGCCGGGAGACCCUCAUGGGAUGGCACAUGGCCGGAUUCGAGCUGUAUGCAGCCUUCGAGCCAUUAGUGAGCAAAGAUGUAGCCGUGCGUGCCAUGAGCAAGCUGCUGCACUGGAUUAAACAGGAAGAGGAGAGGCUGUUUAUCAUGAGCUAUGCCACCCUGUGAAGCUGGCACGGCGGGCACUCACCUGAAGAUCUUAAGGCAGCUGUUCGUGGCCACUGUCUUCAGCUCGGCACUGCUUCGUAGAAGCGGCUCAGUCAGCGUUCAUCAUCUAGUCGUCUCUACACACGUUGCUUGCAAUCAUUCUUCUCUAUUGCCGUGGGCUUACCUGUUCUGGUUAUGUUGGUGUACUGGAUGGUGUGCUAUUAUAUUUGCGUGUGAUUCCAUUCAAGAGAAGGAAAGCACAAAGGGACACGGCUUGUGUACCUGUUAAAGUUGGCCCUUUUCUCUGUGGUUGCAGCAGGUGAAGAAACAGUGACAUUCCUGGCAAUUUGCAGUAGCUGUAUGUUGACAGGGUCAGUUAUGCUCUGCCACGUGACCUGAUGGUAUGAUGAUUGCAGAAGAAAUACUAGCCUACUGUUAAUAUCUUGUUUCAAUUUUGACUGCAGUAUGCCGUAAAAUGGAAAUUUCACCAUUCCCAUCAUACAAAAUUCACAGAUACUAAGGAGUAGGUAGCAUGACUGCUCAGUAAUGUUUAAUGGCUUUUCAGGUGUGCUGGCUUGAACAGUUCACAUGUGUAUUACUGAAGGUCUAUCAUGGCACUCGUACAAUUUGUUUCUUGAAAGGAAUAUAAUGCGACGCACACCAUAUAAAUAUUUUAUCUAUUGUAAAAAAACACAAUGCCACUGAGCAUAUAUGACGGUAUGCGCAUUCAUCAGGUAUCCAGUGCAGGUAACAUGUAAAAUUAAGUUGUGUGUAUUUGUAUUUAGUUGCAAAUAAAACUAGUGUUUUUCAGGUGGCUCACAUUGACAGGGUUAUUUUUUUAUUCAUAUAUACCCUAAAGGCCCAUUCGGGCAUUACAUAGGGGGGUUUUAGUUGUACAAUAAAUUUGCAAAUCAAAACAUUGUUAAUAUAUAAUGAAAAAUGGUAGACGAAGUAUAUACGUAAGAAAUUAAAAGUAUAUAACGUAAGAAAUUGCUAAUUUACUCAAUGGCUAUUGCAUACUGCUAAAUUACGGCCAUUAGUUUCAAUGAUGCUGGUCAGCUAAAAAAGCAGACCUCUCCUUCCUACCUUCGUAAUGCAGCAUAGACUGUUCAUUGGCUGUGCAUAUAGCAAAAAAGUGGAAAUGCUGAGGCUUACAAAGUGCCAGUCAUGAAUUUCGUACCAUUAUAAUAAAGUAUUUGAGCU